UUCUCAUUAGAUUUUCAGAAAACGGUCUUGUCGGGUAUAGAACAGGGCAUAUUGAGUUUGCUCAUAAAAUCAUUGUUAGCAUAUAGUCCCUUUAACUAUUGAGAUACUGAUGGUAUAUAUUUAAGAUCUCUCGAUUAUUGUGAUUUAGAGCAAGACUUAUUGAAGGGAAUGGGAUCGGAGAAACUUCUGGGCAGCCUUUUAUUGAUUUCUCUGGCAGUACUUUGUGAAGGAUAUAUAACAAUACCACACAGCUGUCCACCAGGGAAGCAUGUCUUCACUAACUGCACCGACCCCUGUGCAUUUAAUGGAUCCAUCACUCUAUGCGAGUCUAAACCAGACAGCCAGUGUAUUCCCGACUAUUGCGGCGCAUGCGUGACUCGUUUCUAUGACGAUGCGGGAAAAGAAAUUCGCUGCGAACUAGAAUCCGGCAUUAUCUGCGAACAGAAAACGCACACCAUCAGCUGCUCGAGCGGACUCGGAAUACGCAUGACGGAAGCCAACUUUGGACGGACAUCCAAGGAGAAGUGUCGCCACCCCUACAACCUAGAGCGUCUCCAUAACGCCACGGACUGUAAGUCCCCCCACUCCCUGGGGGUCAUGCAGAAGCUGUGUGACGGGCGACAGAGCUGUACCGUCACCGUGGAGAACGAGAUGUUUGGCGCGGACCCCUGCCACGGAAUCUACAAAUACUUGGAGUUUGACUUCAAAUGCGUCUCUGCCAAGGAAGUCAAUUCCAGCCAAAGAAAUGAAGGGGGUCUCCUAUUUAUGACUGUUUUACUUUUGACGUGGAAAGCCUUUGGAAUAUCUUAAUCGGGAGCGUUUUUUCAACUUGAACACAACAAACUAUAUACAUAACAUAUAUGUCAUAUCAAUGCCUUUAUAUCUUUUUGAGGUAUACCUGAACAACAAUAUUUUAUCAUGUUUUUAUGCAGAUGAUUCGAUGAUUAACGGAAGAUUUAAAAGGUUUUACAUUGAUAUUUGUAUGCAUCAUGUACAUUUACAGUAUAUAAAUUUUUGUCAUCUUGACGAUGAAUGAAAUUUUUUUUAAAUCCUGAUUUAUAUCAGAGUUAAAAACUAUUUUGAGUACGGACCAUCUAAAUUGAAAUGAUCUUUACUAUAUAGAGAAAUCUUUUGCAAUAAGGUUUGGAAAGGAAUUUAUAUAUGCAUGUAAUUUAUAAUUUUCUCUUCGUUUCGGCAAAUUAUAAUAAUGCAGAUAUGAUAAAAUCCAAUAUCAUGUUUUUAGCCCAUUGUAUUUACUAACUGAGUUUGAGCUGUAUUAUUCAUACGUCAACGUGUCUGAAAUCAUACACUUGAAACAUUACAAUCAAAUCAUUAUUUUGUCUGUUGUGACCCUAAAAGAAGAGAAGAGUUAUGUUCGCCAAUAUGCAUUAUUUUGGUACGUAGUAUGCUGGUAUUAGUUCGUGUUCAGACCAUGAUUAUGGUUGAUAUCUAGAUUAUCUUGCCUUGAAGCAAGUUACAACUUCUGUGAAAUGUUGUGUGCCUGUUUACUUUGGUCCUUGAGGGGUCAACUGCAGUGUAGAACAAGUGUUUGUUUUCAGAUAGAAAGAAGAUUUGUGCUUUAUAGUCUUUACCAUUGUUUGUGAUUAUUUCACUGAAUAAACACAUCUCAAGAGC